GGAGUGAAAGAACUUUGCCCUUUCCGAAAACAUCGGACAUACCGAGCGCCAGUUGCAGUCUAGAACGUACCGGCUGAAUCCCAGCUAACCCCCAGAAAUGCACCGUACGGUCGAGUCAAUACUGUACAUUCUUCCAUAAGAUAUUUAGGUCUCCUGUCAUAAAUCGAUGCGAUAGUCUGCGAACAGCUGAUUGUCGAACCGACGUAGGGAAGUCGAUAGUAAAGCUGAUGUUUUCAUGUUACUCGCUUGGUUCAUUGUUUAGAGUGCGUAUGUGUGGUUAGAUAUACAGUGCUCAUGUUUGUGAUGAUAUUGUUCUGAUUGUGUAUGAAACAGUAGGAUUUGGAAGUGGUAUAUUCCAACCCUCGAGUUUGGUUUUUUGCAAAUUGUGAUAGAGUAAAAAGACUUUAGCCAAAAUGGAUAUAAGUGCCAGUUGCUUCAGCUUAAACAUCCAGGAAAAUAGAAAGGCCAUAAAAGAAGAACAAAAGCAAGAUGCAAAAUUUCAAGAAAUCAUUGUUAGUUGUAAAUCUCUUAGCCGGUACGAUGGAAAGACACUCAAGACACUGUUACCACAGGUUCUGGCAGCAAUAUUGGCGGCCAGUCUUCACAUGGCAGUAGGUUUAUCGUUAUCGUUUUCCGGAAUUUUAGUGCCAGCACUAGAUAAACAAUUACAAAAUGGAACAGACGACGAUGGAGAACUGUAUGCAUCUAAAGAUGAAUCAGCCUGGAUAGCUAGUGUCGUGGUAAUAAUCGUGCCUGUCGGUUCUAUCACUGCUGGACUUGCGAUGGAUGCAUGGGGAAGAUUAUGGGCUGUACGUUUGGCCAUUAUCCCUACAGUUAUUGGUUGGUGUUUAAUAGCAAGUGCCAACUCCAUUAUCAUGAUCAUUGCUGGAAGACUUUUGACUGGAUUUGCUACAGCGUGGGCCAGUAUCCCGGCAACUGUAUACAUCACCGAAAUCGCUAGAGCAGAUAUGAGAGGAUCACUAGUUGUGACAGCUCCAUCAUUUGCUUCUUUGGGUAUGUUGAUAUGCUUCUUAAAAGGUUGGUUUUUACACUGGAGGACCGUAGCUUGGCUCUGCAAUAUUUACGCUAUAAUUCCAAUUCUCUUUCUUUUCCUUAUUCCUGAAAGCCCUGCAUGGUUAGUCUCAAAAGGAAAAAUCGAAGAAGCAGCUAGAAGUUUGAAUUGGUUAAACAAAUAUCAGCCACAACCAGAAAAUAGGCACGAAUCGCUAGCUGAACUUCAGUUGCAUGCUCUUCAGAAAGAACAUCAAGCUAAGCUUGAAGAACAGGCAAGAGUAGGAGAUUCGGGAGCGAUGAGCAAGGUUAAGGAGUUCUUCAAACCCACCGGAUACAAGCCAUUGCUAAUUUUAACGGGACUAUUUUUCUUUCAACAAUUUGCCGGAAUUUAUAUUACUCUUUUUUAUUCCGUCAAUUUCUUUAACGAGGUGGGCAGUACUAUUAACCCCUACCUUGCAUCUGUUAUGUUGUGCUUGAUAAGAAUGAUCAUGGCACUAUCCAACUCUUACUUCCUGAAGACAUUUAACAGACGGUCCCUGCUAAUAACAAGUGGUUUCGGUAUGGCUGUUUGUACUGGAUUGUCAGGAUUGUUCACCUACUUAAUAAAAUCAGGUUCUUUACAUGCAACCUGGCUACCGAUAGCUUCUCUUCUUCUCUUCGUCGUUGCAUCCAUGAUUGGCUUCCUUCCAAUUCCUUGGACAAUGAUGGCUGAACUGUUCCCACUGGAAAUUAGAGGAGUGGCUAAUAGCAUCGCAUACAGCAUCGGUAACUUAUUGAUGUUUGCUGCCAUUCAAAGUUUCUGGGGAUUGGUAGAUAUAUUCCAUGGCUUCGCUGGCGUACAAUGGUUCUUCGCUGUGGUGGCCUUGUUUGCUUCAGUUUACACUUACAUCUUCGUACCAGAAACCCAUAGAAAGAAGCUUAGUGAGAUCACUUCCUACUUUCAAACAAGUACAGGAAUAUAUAUUUUGUCACAGAAAAAGAGUCCUCGAAAAUCAGCGACUCCUAGUAACGGAAGUCGAGUUGCCAAAAAAGAUAUUGUCCUGUCUGCUAAUGGACAGAACGAGAAACUCAUACAGAACGUCUAAGGAAUAUUCUGCGAACAUGACACCAAGUUUACAGCUUUACGGGUAUAGUGUUAGUUUUAAGUAUUUGGGAUUGUGAGCAAACGAUUUAUGACAUUCCAGGAUAAUAUUUAAUAAUAGAAAUUGGCUAUACCUAGGUUAAAAGUCUUACUGACAAUGACCAAAAAUUUGUUUUUAUGUUCAGAAGAAAUAAUUGGCAUAAAAAUUUUACUCUCUUGCCAUAA